CUCUUUCUCUCCCUCCCUCCCUUUCUCUUUUUCUCUCUCUCUCUCCUGCCCCCUGAUGGUCAUCAGGAACUCAGCCUCAAUUUCCCCAACAGCAAACAGGCUGGAUUUGAACUCGGGCCAGGACUUCUUGAAAGCAGCUUUCUGCCCUUUCUCAGAAAACCCCGCUCCUCUUCUCUCCUUUCUUCCCCUCCGUUUGGGGGGAAAAAAAACACCCCAAACUUGCUUGGCCGAUGGGGCAGAGCCAGAUACGGAUCGCGACAGCCGGCUGGGACCAACCAGCAAGGCUGUGAAUGCAUCGUCUCUGCCUCCGGAACAAAAGCCAGCCGCCUCCUUUUCUUCGUGUGAACUCAAGCGAGAAAGAAACCACCUGGCUAAAAUACUCCGGCCUUCCCCUUCCCCUGUCCAAGGUCCGAGAGGCCAAGGACACCAGCCAGACUGUUCGGCCUCCCGGGGGAAAUUUACAGGUAUCUAGGGGAAAAAAAAAAAAAAAACCCCAGGAAGAAGAAGAAAGAAAAAAAAAAUCCGUGCCACUGAAUUUAUCGCAUUUUUGCUUCCUGGUGUGGAUUCCACAACUCUGCACAGAGAGAAAGAGAGAGAGAAACCUUCAGCCGCUGGUUUCUCUGGCCAGAGUGGCAGGGAAGCGAUGGCCGCCCCAGGCCAGCGGUCAGCCAAAGCCAAGUCCACUCUGCCCCCCCAUUACUACGAGGGCUUCCUGGAGAAAAAGAAUCCGUGGGACCAGAAUUAUAAGAAAUACUGGGCUGGUCUUUGGGGCUCCAUGCUGUAUUUCUACCACACCAACAGAGAAAGUCAGUAUAUUGAGAAAAUUGAUCUGACUGACUUGGUCUCCCUGGCUGAAGACAGCUGUCCAAGAAGUAUGAAUCCCAUGUCUACAGAAAAACCAGGGCUGACACUGAAGAUGCGGAACCAAGAAAUAAAGUUGAGGAUGAAGAUCCCAGCAUCCGUGUCUUUGCUGCCGGGACACCUGUACAGGUUGUCUGAAACCUUGAAGAAGGAGCAAGAGAGGCGAUCCGACCUUGGUGUGACUCUCGAAAGGGAAGAGAAACUGCCCAACUGUUUCUUCCAGGUCUCCAGAAUGGAGGCAGUGGCCCUUCUGGAGCAGAAUGAAAAUUAUGGCAACAUGUUGCUGCGUCCUGGACAGGAUGGGAAGAGUUUCUCACUGACUGUUCGGCAGAAAGUACCUGGAGCUGUGAGUGUCAAGCAUUAUAAAAUCAAUGUCGUUGGUGGGGGAUACAUCAUCGUUAUGGAAAAGCCGGUAAGGGGGGAACCAGGAGGGUUAGGGUUACGGUGGGGCGACGAAGCCAAACCAGGUUUUUAGAAAGAAGGGAGGGGA